AUGGUACCACCCAGGAGGAAAAAACCAAAGUAUGAACCAGUGGAGAUAAACUCAUCUUUUGAUGAAAUAUCAUCGGAUUCACAAGACUCUUCGUCUUUUGAGCAUUGGUCGAUCCAACCAAGUCCAGUCAAAAAAUCACAAACCACAAUUAAUAACAAUCAACAAUGGAUAGAUAAAUAUCGACCGAAAACCACUAGUGAAAUCUGUAUUAAUCCGACAAAAUUAAAACAAGUAAAAGAAUCGAUGAUGAAAAUGAUCAAUAAAACUUCAAACACCAGAGUAUUGGUGCUAUCUGGACCUAGUGGCUCCUCAAAGUCUACCACUGUAAAACUACUAGCUGAAGAAUUGAUAACUGUACGUGAUGCCUUUGAUUCCGUGGUGGUUGAAUAUGAUGAACUGGAAGAUUUUUUGAAAUUUUUACAAGAUUGUCGAUAUAAAUCCAAGAAUGUGAUAUUAGUGGAAGAAUUACCAAAUAUAUAUCAUUUGGAAACUUUAAAGAAAUUUCGAGAUGCCAUAAGGGAUUGGAUAUAUCAAGAUGAUAAUGGAUUUUCAUUACCACCUUUGAUUAUAUGUCUAAGUGAGAUUGAAUAUGAUUCCAAUGAUCUCAGGAUUAGUUAUAGCAUUGAAAAUAAUUUAACGGUGGAUACAUUAUUGGGUAAAGAAAUUACGGGAUUAACUCAAGUGGAAAAUAUUAAGUUCAACAGUAUUGCCAACCGAUUUUUGAAACCAACGAUAAAUAAGAUAAUUAAACAAGAAGGAAUUUUAAAAAUUGUUAAUCAACAAAUUUUGAUGAGAUUUUUGGAUGAGAUUUUUCAAAUUGGAGAUAUUCGUUCCAUUAUAUUUAACCUUGAAAUGUGGAUUAAAAAUGUUAAACAAUCUUUGACUAAUAGAAUCUCAAUCGAUUCAUUUAUGCGAGAAAAUUCAAUUAACUUGUUUCAUGCCAUAGGGAAGAUAAUAUAUUCAAGUUCUAAAGUGAAUAAAAAUCGACUGAAAAUUGGUAAUAACGAUGACGAUAGUGACCCAUUAGAUAAGGACGAUAUAGACUAUCAAUCAAUUGAACAAGUACUACAACUGUUUCCUGAGAAAAAUAUGGAUUUGUUGAACUUGUCACUACUAGAGAAUUAUCACAUUUAUCAAGAUUCUAAUUAUGAUUUGAAAUUGGCAAGUAAUAUAGUUGAUGAUUUGAGUGUUAAUGACAUUAUCAAACUUGGUGAUACUGGUAUAAGAUCUACUAGGAUAAAUCUAAGCAAAGCGCAAAAACUUUCAACUAGUCGAUCUACAUCUAUGCCUCCAUCCAAAUUGAAAAUGAAGUUUCCUCGACAUUUAAAAAUGAUCAAAAUGAUGAAUAAAACUAAAAAUCAAAUCAGUUCGUAUCGUCGAUAUCUCAAUCCACAAACAUCAUUUCAAGAUUUAAAUUUGAUUGAUGGAUAUUAUAUGCCAAUAAUUUAUAACUCUCAGAGAAAGACAAGGUACAGAUAUAAUCGACUAGGUGGUAAAUUUCAAGAAGUUUAUGCAGAUGAUACAAUACCGAUUGAUGAAGGAGAGGUAACUUAUGAAUAUGAUCAAUUUGAAAUUGACAUUAAGAAUAAAAUAAAUCUAGAUCUGGAUAUGAAAUAUUCGGAAGUGAUCGAUGAAGACAUGGAUAAUAUGAGUGAUCCAAUUGAAUCAGAUGAUGAUCUUGAAGAUAUUGGAGAUAUAGGGGAUAAUGAAUCUGAUGCGUUUCUGAGUGAUUCCGAAUUAGAAUUACUUUUAACACAAGGUAAAGUCUGA